UUCCCCGUUUCCAUCCCAGUUUUUUCUUUCCGUCAGUGGCAAGUAAAACAUGCAGGCGAGGACCAGAGUUUAACGCCGCUAGGAACGAAUCAAAGCCGAUUUCGCGGAGUCAGAAAUGGGAUCGGGCCGGGAAGGUGGCAAUUUAAAACCCAACCAUUUAAACCAACGCGUGGUUAGUGGUUUUUGGAACACAACUGAAACGAAAAGGGGGAAAUCAUUGCCUAGAAUACAGUACUGUACACCGGGAUUUCUUAUCGAAGCCCAUUGGAGAAAAUAGAAUGAAAUUUGUAGCCCGGCUAUAAAGUAAACAGACAGCUAAUCAGUGAUGAAAAAGUUUUGGAGUCUGGACUGGAGUGUAAAAUGCAGGUCACCUUCGAGCCAUUAGAGCCAGAUCUCUGCUAAUGUGUGUCACCUCCUGCCCACGCCUCCCCUUUUUUCUCGGGUCGGAGUAGGAGACACGUAAGUGACUCUUACAUGCCCGUUUAGGCAUUUCCUUGUCUACCCCUGUGGAAAGGCAUCGCAGAUGCGCUACGUGAGGCUAGAGAGCUGCACUAUUUGGCGAGCACAACAUGUAUUUAAGCAAGAAACUAUUGUAAAUUUGGGGAGGAAAAAGUCCCCGACUAAUUCGAAAUUUCCGCUAAGUGAAACCUCAGUCCCACAUGAUCUCAACCUGGAUGCCACUUUAUGUCCCGCCGUUCUACUUUCUGGUUUGCCUGGUCAAGGAACCGCUAGAGAAUGUGAACGAAAAAUGCUGUUUAAAGGCGAUUGCUUCCACCCGCUCUAACCCUAACAACCAUCCCGUAACGAAAGGAUCGUUGUAUGUAGACCAUUAUGCCUAUUGAUCGUCCGCUUGGGCUCUCUUCCUUUAGCAAAUAUAAACAUUUGUGGGUCACGGAAGUUAAGUAAAUUGGGAGCCCUACAUUCAAGAGAAUGAACCAGUUUCCAGAUCUCUGUGCCUAGUGUUACAUUGUUUAACUCGCAUCACAAAAUAAGGGGAAGAGGGAUCUAACACUUUGACGGGAGGAGCAGUAUUAGCCAGGCAAACGUGAGCUGGAUCUCUCGCAAUUCAGCUGAGAAAUUGGAAGGUUUUCCCCCGAAAAGGGGUUAUUUUUCUCCGCAAGAAAGUCUCCUUCCAUACCCACUCCCAAAGCACCGCAGUGAAACUCAAAGCCGGCCACGCGCGCUCCCAAGCAAACCUUACAGCCAAUACUUUAUCCCCAGCCGUGUAUAAACUGUUCGCUUCCCACUCACCCUGCCCGGGAAAAAACCCCUACCCAAGAUAAACACUCUCUAUCAGCAGGUUUUUGAAUGGUGUCUGUCGUAACAAAUAGUUUCUGAUGCUCUAAGCUGGGAGACAGGCUUCAUCCAGCCCCCCUCCCCUUCCCCCAGAUGACUCCCUGUCUGUACAAACUGAUGAUGACAGAUAUCCAGCGGAUAACCUCUGGGGAACGAAGUUAUUUUAAUUUCCAGUCACUUUCCCGCUAAGGACCAUAUCAGUUUGUACACGGCUGAGAUAAGAGAAAGAGUCAGAAGGAAAGGGACGAAAAACGGAGCCCUACCGGCAGGAGUGGACGGAGUGGCUGCUCAGAGCCUGCCUUUGAUUUUACUUGAGUCCUACAACGCUUCAAGGAGAGCGCUGAAGUCCCCGGGGAAAAGCCUUUGGGGGGACCUUUUGGGGGCUGUUCACCUGCUUUCUUAAUGUGAGCGUGAGGCAAACGGCGCGUGGCUCACACACAAAAAAAGCCACACGGCAGGCCCAUGACCUAGAUGAAGCCUCAGUCUGUAAAAAAGAAACAACUGCAGCGCCCUUCACACUUUAAAGGGGAUUCCCUACAAUCUGGGGUCCCGCAGGGGGAGGGGGGCUGUGGGAAAUGAAAAUCACCGAUGAAAUAGGCUUUUAGUGAAAAAACUCCACCUGCAUUGUCUGUUUCUGGCCGGGGAGCAGAGCGCGCUGGCUGCUUAGGUAGAAAACGCCUCGGACAAAGGGCAAAGGGGUGUGCUGGCAGUGCGUUGUUGCGAGCGUGCCACUUCGGGAUUAGUCACUGACCCCCCUGGCUGAGCACUGCCUAGCACUGCUGUCUCGGGAGAUCGCUUCCUGACCUCUGUCUCCCCCCGCAUGCAGCGCGCAGCCCCUUUCGCCUCGUCUGCCUCUCACGCCAGCGCUGGCAGGAGCGGCGCGUCUGCCCUGGGACUCGCGCAGGGACUGGCACCCCUCCGGAGCGCACUGUUUGUUUAGGGCUCGCUGAAUCCAAUCAGGACGUGCUGGCUGCAGUUUUCCGGCAGGGCUGCGAGAGGCGCCUCCUCUCUCCUUUUUAUAACAUGAGCCGCUCGCAGGAGCCGCAGGACUCGAGUUUGCCGCUCUCCGCUCACUGGAUUACAGCCCGCUGAGCCCCGAGUGAGGAAGCCAAUGCCAAGCGAUCGCCAGAGAGCAUAGCCGGGGACCUGGAUGGCCCUGACUGAGGGCGGCUGGUGCGUGGUGAAGCGGUGCGGCGCGGACGCGGGCGACUCCCCCUGCCCCUUCCCCGCCAGGGAGCCGGGCCCCUCUCCUCCUUCGCCGUCGUCCUCCUGCUGCUCCCCGGCCGAGCGCGGCUCCUCCAAGACGCCGCAGCAGGAGCCCGAAGCGACCCGGCCGCCGCCUCCCGCCGAGGGCAGGUCCCUGCUCGGCCCCUACGUGCACUUCGGAGCCCCCCACGCCUCCAGCCUGCCCAGCUGGGAGGACAUCCUGCUCUUCGCGGAUUUAGACCAGACCAACAAGCUGCUCUGGUCCAGCCGCGGCUCCAAGCUGAGCCCCUACGGCGCCGAGCAGCCCGAGGAGAUGUACCAGACCCUGGCCAUCUCGGCCAGCCAAGGCCCGCCCGCCCCCUACGAUGGCUCCGCCGGCAGCUUCAUGCACUCCACGACCAGCUCCCCGGUCUACGUGCCCACCACGCGCGUGGGCUCCAUGCUGCCCAGCCUCCCCUACCUCCAAGGCAGCGGGGCCGCCCAGCCCAGCCACCCGGGCAGCAGCCACUCGGGCUGGCCCCAGCCGGCCUCGGAGAGCCCCUCGUACAGCAACGGCAGCGGCUCGCACCCCUCGGGCCGCUUCCCCUACUCCCCCAGCCCGCCCAUGGCCAACGGGGCCUCCCGAGAGCCCGGGGGCUACAGCAGCAGCCUCAACGCCAGGGACCAGUACAACCCGCUGGGCCGGCCUCUGAACGGAUCUUACCCCGGCCACUACCCCUCCUACGUGGGGCCCCAGCUCGCCCCGGCCUGGCCCACGGGACCCUUUGAGAACUCCAUGCUCCACUGUCUGCAGAGCCGGGCCACCCCCAUCCCCGUGCGGGCUCCCAGCGCAGACCUGCUGGAAGAUCUGUCCGAGAGCCGAGAAUGUGUGAACUGCGGCUCCAUUCAGACCCCCCUGUGGAGAAGGGACGGCACCGGCAACUAUCUGUGCAACGCCUGCGGGCUGUACACCAAAAUGAACGGCCUAAGCAGGCCCCUCAUCAAACCCCAGAAGCGAGUGCCUUCAUCAAGACGGCUUGGUUUGUCUUGUGCCAACUGUCACACCACAACCACAACCUUGUGGCGUAGGAAUGCAGAAGGCGAGCCAGUAUGCAAUGCCUGUGGACUUUACAUGAAACUUCAUGGGGUUCCUCGGCCUCUUGCCAUGAAAAAAGAAGGAAUUCAAACGAGAAAGCGAAAACCAAAGAACAUAAAUAAAUCAAAGACGUGUUCUGGUAACAAUAAUAAUGCAGUUCCUAUGACUCCAACAUCCACGUCUUCUACUAACUCAGAUGAUUGUAGCAAAAAUGCUUCCCCUAGCACACAAUCUACAGCCUCAGGGGCGGGUUCUUCAGUGAUGUCUGGCCAAGGAGAGAGCACCAGCCCUCAAGGCAGCACACUCAAGUAUUCAGGUCAAGAAGGGCUGUAUACAGGAGUCAGCCUGACCUCCACGACUGAAGUUACAGCAUCGGUGAGACAGGAUUCCUGGUGUGCCCUAGCUUUAGCAUGAUCAGAGAAGAUGAAGUUGGAUACCUGCACUGGGCUGCAGCCUUUCGACAUCCACACUUGUUUUUGUUUGUUUGUUUUGUUUUAUCAGGCAGUCUGAGCAGCAGUGAGAGUGCUGGCUAGAACAUUCCUCUGACGUUGUUUUUGUGCCUUAAUGAUAGAGGUGUUUUUUUCCAAAGAGGUUCUGCCAUAGCAUCCAGCUCCUCAUCUAUGCAAGAAAAACAAGGGAAAAUGAAUCUCUAUCAGGGUAAAACUAAUACAGCCAAAAAGAGCAUCCUAGAGCUUUUGUUAGGUUCCAGAAAUACAUCUGCAAGAAAUCCAGCAAUGCUGCCUUUUUGAUUGUAUGUUUGUUUUUCACACCCUCACCUCUCCAAAGACUAUGAUUGCUCUCGUCAUUUUUUGGGGAGGAGAUAGGGAAAGCGUUUGAUAAGGGAUAGUGAGAUAUGUAAGGAAAUGUUAAUGUGCGUGUUGCUUGUGCCAAUGCACACAUCUUGAACUAAGCCUUUGAUGCCCUCUCACAGGUCAUUUCUCUUGUUAGCACUGUCUGUAUCCAGUAUGCCUGCAUUGCUCUGUCAUUUUCCUGCAUCAGAGUUCAAGUACACCCCUGGAGGAAAUCACAAUGUUUGGUACAAGUCUCUCAAGGUUGAGUUAGUUAAUGAGAUCUUUUGUUUUAAAAUAUUUACUCACUUUGCAAGACUGCAUUAUAACUUUUAAUGUACACUGUGACUGAGGUUUAUGAAAGUUCAUUUUUUGUGACUGGACUCUAUAUAGUCAGUCAGAAUUUGUAAACAGGGUAGCAAUCAGAUAUUUUUCUUCCAUAUAUAAAAUAAUUUUUUUAAAAAAAAGAAGUGCAAUUUGCGUUGCAGCAAUCAGUGUUAAAUCAUUUGCAUAAGAUUUAACAACAGUUUUUAUAUGAAUGAAUGAAUGUAAACAUUUUAACUUAAUGGUACGUAAAUAAUUUAAAAGAAAAAAAGUUAACUAGGUAUCCUUAUGCUUUUUUUUAAUUGCAGCAGAAACAUCCCAUUUUCUGUAUUUCUGGUUGUUAAAACACAAUUUUCAAGAACAAACCUUCUCUCAGGAAAAACACCCUAUCCAUUUGCUCAGAAGUUUUGUGCAGAAAAGCAAACGCAUCUCCAUUUUUGCCAUUGAAGAAGUAUGUGCUGGAAAGAUACAAAUUGCAAUGAAACGUUACUACCUAACUGAAACAUAUGUAAAUACUCCAUAAGAUAUUGAGGCAUCUUUAAGAUUUAGGAUGCAAUCUGUAUAGUAUGACUGACCUAUAGCUAGGUUGGUUUACAUUGUUUUUUUUUAAAAUGGGAUGCCAUUUGGAAAGUUGUUCUUUCAUCAGAGCUUUACAAAUAAAAGGGUAUUGUUUUUUUCUGUACAA